UGGUGUUGUGGUGCCGGCGGUGCGGUGGCGGAGAUGUGCUCUGCGGGGAGGCGCUGGGGCCGGCGGCAGCGAGUCCUGCUCUGGGGCGUCCUGCUGGCGGCCUGGGAGGCGGCGUGGGGGCAGCUGCGCUACUCGGUGCCCGAGGAGAUGCCCAAGGGCUCGUUCGUGGGUGACGUGGCCAAGGACCUGGGGCUGCAGAUGCCGGCGCUUCAAGACCGCAGCGUCCGUGUUGUCUCUGUCGGUAGGACGCAGUAUUUUGCUCUGCACGAGAGGUCGGGACAUUUAGUGACGGCCGAGAGGAUCGACAGAGAGCAGCUGUGCGAGAGUGUGGAGCAAUGCGUGCUGCACUGUGAGCUGAUAGUGGAGGGGGAAAUGAAGGUUUAUGAAAUAGAAGUGGAAAUAACGGACAUUAACGAUAACGCGCCCACUUUCAGAGAGGCAGAAAAAGAACUGAGAGUGAGCGAGACUACAGCACCGGGAUCGCGAUUUUCCCUCCGGGAAGCUCAAGACGCAGAUUCAGGAAGAAACACUCUGCAGAGCUAUGAGCUGAGCGGCGACGAGCACUUCUCGCUGGCCGUGCAGACGGGCCCCGCCGGGGAUCAGCGUCCCGAGCUGGUGCUGGCGAAGGCACUGGACCGGGAGGAGGCGGCGUUCCACGAGCUGAUGCUGAGGGCGAUGGACGGCGGCGAUCCGGCCCGGACGGGCACGGCGCGGAUCCGCGUGACGGUGGUGGACGCGAACGACAACGCGCCCGUGUUCAGCCAGGCGGAGUACACGGUGCGUGUGGCGGAGGACGUGCCCGUGGGCUCCGUCCUCGUCACCGUCACGGCCACCGACGCCGACGAGGGCUUGAAUGGGGACGUGAAAUACAGUUUCCAUAAAAUUUCAGACCGAGCGUCGGAACUUUUUUAUCUGGACAUCGAGUCAGGAGAAGUAACCCUUAAAGAUGAUUUAGACUUCGACAAAAUCUCCUUCCAUGAAUUGGAGGUGCAAGCACAUGACGGAGGAGAGCUCUCUGACACGGCUAAAGUUAUUAUCACUGUUACAGAUGUGAACGACAACGCGCCCGAGAUUUUGGUGAGGUCGUCCCUGAGUGAGGUCUCUGAGGACUCCCCGACGGGGACUGUUGUUGCCCUGCUACACGUACAAGACCAGGACUCGGGUGCCAACGGCGAGGUGCGCUGCUCCCUUGACGGGAAUGUCCCGUUCCUGCUGGAGAGAUCGCAGGGCAGCUACUACCGCGUGGUGACAGCGAGAGAGCUGGACCGGGAGCAGCAGUCGGAGUACAACGUGACGGUGCGGGCGUCCGACGGCGGGUGGCCGGCGCUGCAGAGCAGCAGGGUGCUGGCGCUGCGGGUGCUGGACGUGAACGACAACGCGCCGGUGUUCUCGCAGGAGCGCUACAGCGCCCUGGUGCUGGCCGACAGCGUGGCCGAGCUGCUGGCCGAGCUGGGCAGCGCGGCGCACGCAGAGGCGGCGCCGGCCGAGCCGGCCGCCAGCCUGACGCGCUGGCUCGUGCUGGCCGUGGCCGCCGUCUCCUGCCUCUUCCUCGCCUUCCUGCUGCUGCUGCUGGCGCUGCGCCUCAGGCGCUGGCACCGCUCGCAGCAGCAGCAGCAGCUGCUGACCACGGCCGGCGCCGCCUUGCGCGGCGUGCCUGCCACGCACUUCGUGGGCAUCGACGGCGUCCGCGCCUUCCUGCACUCCUACUCGCACGACGUGUCUCUCACGGCCGACUCGCGCAAGAGCCACCCGCGCUUCUCGGCCGCCAGCUGCUGCGACACCCUCCCGGCCCGGCCGCCUCCCGACGAGCCCGCCCCGCUGCUCGGAGAGGAGGAACCUGCCGGCGACUGCCCCGCCGACCCCGUCGCUCCUUCCUCGGUGAGUUCCUCUGUCCAGUUUGUCUCUGGGAAGAGACCGUCUAGGGAAAUUUACUGA